CCGCCACGUUUUAUAAAACCCGGCCGAGGAAAAACCUGUACGCUGUUGCCUCCUUCUCAACUUCUCUUCUUCUAUACGCCACUGCUUGCAGCCGCUGCUGCAGAGCUUUUUACGGCUUCUUUCUCUCCCUCUUUCUCCACCGCGUGCCGGGGAAUGCGUCGAGAUGAGGAGAUCUGACCCCGAUCUCGCCGUCAAACGCAAGAAGCACGCUGGCCGGUCUUUCCACCGGAAGCAUGUUGAGGACGGGUAGACUCCUCCGUUUCAUCUCCUUCUUCCCUCUCUUCCCAUCCUCUUCCUCUUAAAAUCAGAAAUUCCACACCAAAAUGGAAGAUCUAUCUUCACUAUCUCCAACCACAGAAGGCCAAAACGUCCUCCGAGGCCGCUACGAACUCGGCCGUGUUCUCGGUCAGGGCAGCUUUGCCAAGGUUUACUUCGCCCGGAACCUCUGUACCGGGAAAAACGUCGCGAUGAAAGUGGUCGGAAAGGAGAAGGUCAUCAAGGUGGGCAUGACAGAGCAUGUGAAGCGCGAGAUCUCUGUUAUGAAAAUGGUUACCCACCCUAACAUCGUCGAGCUUCAUGAAGUGAUGGCAACGAUAUCCAAAAUAUAUUUCGCCAUGGAACUCGUACGCGGCGGAGAGCUCUUCUCCAAGAUCGCCAGAUCCGGCCGUCUCCGCGAGGAUGUAGCUCGUCAUUAUUUCAGGCAGCUGAUAUCGGCAGUCGAUUUCUGCCACUCGCGCGGCGUGUACCAUCGAGAUCUCAAGCCAGAGAAUCUAUUACUUGACGAUGCCGGCAACCUCAAGGUCGCCGAUUUCGGGCUCUCCGCUUUCGCCGACCAUGUACACACUGACGGCCUGCUGCACACCACCUGCGGUACUCCGGCUUACGUCGCCCCAGAGGUCAUAGGGAAGAAGGGAUACGACGGCGCGAAGGCCGAUCUUUGGUCAUGUGGAGUCAUCCUCUACGUACUUCUCGCCGGCUUCCUUCCCUUCCAGGAUGAUAACAUCUUCGCGAUGUACAAGAAGAUCCGCUGUGGUGAUUUCCGAUGCCCACCCUGGUUCUCUUCCGACGUCCGCCGUCUCAUCAUCAAGCUGCUCGACCCCAAUCCCAAAACUCGCAUCACGGUGGCCAGGCUUGUCGAAACCCCCUGGUUUAGAAAAGGCCCGAUUCCCAAAGCAGUUAUCGACUUCCCAGUGGCGUCAGCGAAGAAAGACGGCGAAGAGCCUCUGAAGCUUAAUGCGUUUCACCUGAUAUCUCUAUCUGAGGGGUUUAAUCUAUCGCCUCUAUUCGAGAGCGGUGAUUGCCGGGAGGAAGGGAUGAGGUUCGUCACCAAGGAGCCGGCGAGUGGUGUGAUAUCUAGGCUUGAGGAGUUGGCCACAAGGGCACCUGGAAGGUUUCGGGUGACUAAGAGCUCAGCAGCAGGGCUGAGGCUAGAGGGGGUGGAAAGCGGCCGUAAAGGGAGGCUUGCAGUUGCCGCCGAUAUCUUCGCGGUGGCGCCGUCCGUGCUGGUUGUUGAUGUAAAGAAAGAUGGCGGCGAUUCACUUGAGUACCGGCGGUUCUGCAGCAAUGAGCUCCGGCCAGCGCUCAAAGACAUCAUUUGGGCCUCUUCUGAAGCUCAGACUACCUCCGGCGCCUGAGCCGCCUGUGUUAUCGUCAAUUCAACUGUUCUUUCUCCAGCCUACGUACUGUACAGCGAGUAUUUGAUGAAAUAAAAGGCCUGGUGUGAGAUAUCUUAUUUGCGAGCUCCAACAAGUCUGGUGUGAUUCUGUAUCUGUCCAUUUGCUGUAUAUCGUAAGUUAUAAGUGAGUCCCUAAGUUCUAAAAAUUUGAUUUUGAUUAGAUUGUACUAUGCAUGUUAUUAAUGAAUAAUGCUUGUUUGAUUCUAA